UCGAUACAUGAAGGCUCCCUAACCAGAGGAAGAUGAACAUUUAUCGCCCACCUUCGGGGGCCAAAGCGAAGGUCUCUCAUUCGGGCCUGAAAUACAGCAGCAAGACAGAGAACAUGAAUGGCCUUGAGGAAGGGGUGGAGUUCCUUCCCACCAUGAACACCAAGAAGCUUGAGAAGCGUGGUCCAAAACGUUGGGUGGUGGUGGUCACCAUUGUAUCCAUCUUCCUGUUCCUUUCUCUAUUGGUUGGGCUGCUGGUUUGGCACUUCGAAUACAGGAGUGCCCUUGUGCAGAAGCCAUACGAUGGCAGCGUGAGACUGAUAGGUGCUCGCUUCAUUGAUGCCUACGAGAAUUCCAGCUCUCCUGAAUUUGCUUGGCUGGCUAAAAAUACAAAGCAAAUGCUCUUGGGGAUCUAUGCAAACAAUGCGGAUGUUGGUCCCUUCCACAAAGAGACGGAGAUAAUGGCCUUCAGCGAGGGCAGUAUUAUUGCUUACUUCUUGUCAAAGUUUAGUGUUCCUAAAUACAAGGUGGAUGCUUUUGAUAAAGCCAUGGCAAAUCUCAAAAUUUUAAAACAAAUGGAAAUACCAAGACACCGGAAUCCAUGGUUUCGAGUUGAGUCUCUUGUUGCUUUUCCUUCUGAUCUGGAUAUGAUUAAAGCUUUAGAAGACAACAGCUGCAGGUAUGCCUUGCAUGCAAAAGAAGGGGUAGUGACCAGCUUUACCACACCAGGAUUUCCAAACAACCCUUACCCAUCCAAUGUGCGCUGCCUCUGGACACUGAGAGCUGAUGCCAACUCUGUCAUCAGUUUGACCUUCACCACAUUUGACGUGGAGCCAUGCAAGGAAAAGCGGGACUUUGUUGAGGUGUAUAACUCAUUGAGCCCUGUGGAAGCACACUCCUUGGUGAAGCUGUGUGGGAGCUUUGACUUUUCAUACAACCUAACUUUCAUCUCCUCUCAAAAUGUUCUGCUGGUGAUGUUAGCUACAGAUGCUAUUGGAAGGUAUCCUGGGUUCAAGGCAGAAUUCUUCCAGAUGCCAAAGAUGACAUCUUGUGGUGGAUUUUUGAAGGGCAUAUCAGGGAACUUUACCACUCCUUAUUACCCAGCCCACUAUCCUCCAAAUUUGGACUGUGUAUGGAAUAUAGAGGUGCCGAACGGCAAAAAUGUAAAGGUGCGCUUCAAUGCAUUCUACCUCGAGGAACCUGGUGUCCCACCCAACUCCUGCCCCAAAGAUUAUGUGGAGAUCAACGGUGUCAAGUAUUGUCAGCCAGGCAAGGUAUUUGUGGUAAUGAGUAAUACCAACAAAAUUACAGUUCGUUUCCAUUCGGAUGAAUCGCAUGUGGACAGUGGCUUUUCGGCUGAGUAUUUGUCCUAUGACUCCAGUGACCCUUGCCCAGGGAGAUUCACCUGUAAAAGCGGCCGCUGUGUUGACAGAAACAGGCGCUGCGAUGGGUGGUUGGACUGCCCGGAUGCCAGUGAUGAGAAAAACUGCAGUUGCACUGAGGAUCAAUUCAGAUGCCGGAAUGGUUGGUGCAAGCCGAAGUACUGGCUCUGUGACACUGUGAACGAUUGUGGAGACAACAGCGAUGAGCUGCAGUGCCAAUGCUCUGCCAAUAGCUUCAAGUGCAAUUCCGGCAAAUGCAUCCCAGAGCAGCAGAAAUGUGACAGAAAAGCCGACUGCGAAGACGGCAGCGACGAGGGGGACUGUGGCUCGGCUGUCGCCAUUUCCUGUAAAGAAUAUACAUACAAAUGCCGCAACGAUCUGUGUGUGAGCAAGAGGAAUCCAGAAUGUGAUGGAGAGGUGGACUGUAGCGACAAUUCAGACGAAGAGAAUUGCAACUGUGGCAUCCGUGCCUAUAGAAAGCAGUCCCGGAUUGUUGGUGGACAGGCCUCUGAUGUGGGCGAAUGGCCCUGGCAGAUUAGCUUGCACGUCAAGAAUGAAGGUCAUGUCUGUGGGGCUUCCUUGAUAUCGGACAAGUGGCUGGUCACAGCUGCCCACUGCUUUCUUGAAAAGAACUUCAUCAGAUAUAAAGAUCCCACACUGUGGACUGCCUUCAUGGGUCUUCAUGAUCAGGAGGACAGAUCAAAUAGCUAUGUUCAGAAACAGACUAUCAAGCAGAUCAUCUCCCACCCAUCCUUCAAUGACUUUACUUAUGACUAUGACAUUGCUGUGAUGGAGCUGUCAAGCCCAGUCUCUUUCUCCAAACAAGUCACGCCCAUCUGCUUGCCUGAUGCCUCCCAUGAAUUCCCUGCUGGAAAAGCCAUCUGGGUGACCGGAUGGGGAGCUACUCGGGAAAAUGGUGCUGGUGCCAGAAUUUUGCAGAAGGCAGAAAUCCGGGUGAUCAAUCAGACCAUGUGUGAUUCACUGCUGGCAAAUCAAAUGACUCCACGCAUGAUGUGUGUAGGAAUCCUGACUGGAGGAACUGAUGCUUGCCAGGGAGAUUCUGGAGGACCGCUUGUCAGUGUGGAAGUUAACAAUAGGAUGUUCUUGGCUGGUGUAGUCAGCUGGGGAGAUGGUUGCGCUCGCCGGAACAAGCCAGGAGUCUACACCCGAGUCACCAAGCUACGAGAUUGGAUCAGAGAAAAAACAGGGGUGUAGGUGGUUUCAGCAACUAGGAUUGUUCACACAUCUGCCCCCUCGCCCAGGUCUGCCAACUGGCCAUUGAAGAAGACUUUCCCACAUGAUGUGAAGGGAACCCUGUGUAAUAUGUUCAUUCCUUUUCUCGUUUUGUUCUUGUUUUCCUGGGGCUGCAUGGGGAAGGUUGGCUGGAUAGCAAAUGACCUCCUGAAAGAAAGGCAGAGACAUAGAACAUCCUCCCAAAGAAGACACCAAAGUAUGGAUUAAUUGUACAUGGAGAAUUGCCACGUUGAGGGCCCUCCAACUACUUCUUUCCAUGCUUCUGUCUCCUGAGACUACCGCAGCGUCUUCAUUUGAACAUGAACCCAUUCUUGACUGGCCUGGAGCUCCACAGCAUAUCUGGCCUCUGCACCCAGGUGUGCCAGGGAAGGUUGGAACAAGUCUGAGACAGGGUUGCACUGGCUCCUCUCUUCCCAAGUGCCAAACAGAUGGCAGUGGGAGGAAGGAAGAGUAAGCUGCCUGUUUAAAAAACAGAUUGCAGGUGUCUGGGCUUGGUGCCCCGUUCUUUUUCUUGUUGUGUCCGACACAAUCCCAUCUGUGAUUUUCCUGGUACCUAUAACUUCCCCCCCAAAAUUCCUUGUUAAGUGUAAAAUUAUGUUUGCUAUCCCAGUGUGCAAAUCUGUGGACCUCUUUCAGGGAAGUGGAUUAUUAUAACAAUUUCCAAUAUUGCUGUGUGAAUUGGUUUAGGGCUACAAUAUUGGGGCUGCAAAAGUGGGAUGACCACUAGAGGGGAGCAAAGGGAGCAAAAAACGCUGUCUUUUUGCUCAUAGCCUGUGGUCAUCUGGAUGUUUGUGGCACAGAUAUGGCAGCUGGUUAUUUGAUCACAUGGCUCCUUUUUCUUCCAUCCCCCUGAGUGAAUGUAUUUGUGCAGAAUUGUCCAUAAAAUGCAGCCUUGUUGCUUUGACAAGGUAAGCACUGAAGGUCCUACUUGGUCUGCAAUGGAAGAAGCGUUGAACCAGACCUUGCUGUUUCUUAGGGAAAUAUUUCCCAUCUCUCACUUCACUUCCUUUUUAUCAUAUACUCAUCAGAGAUACAAAGACUGGGGAAGAAAAACAGAAGUGGGGCAGCCAGGAAAUUUUUCCCUCUCUGAAUUUUUCAUCCACCGCCCCCCCCUUUACAUCUCGCAUUUUAGCAUCACUUAGAUUUGCAUCCCUCCUUUUCUAUCCGUAUGAGUCACUGGGAUAAAAAUUCUGACUGCAGCUUUCCUUGUAGGCAGAAGAAAGUCCCUACAACAGCUCUGUUGAUUAUUAGGUUGACUUUAAACCUCCAAGAUGCCUUUGGGGAUGAAACCUACAAUCAGGAAAUGAUUGCUUUUGCUCUUCUGUGCCUGACUGUAAAAGUCCAGCUGAAAUAUUCGGAACUUGUGGCCUUCUUGCCUCUUCCCAAAAUCCCUUUCAUAAAGAACAGUUGAUCAUGGACUUUUCCAACAAAUAAAAGCACAAUCCUUUCCAUGGUUGAUGGAGUGGGAAUGAGGGGAGAAAGUCGAAGUAGGUGUGUUGGAUCUCACAUACUUGCUUGCUUGGCUUUUGAAGAGCCAGCGCCUUCUAUCUAAGUGGGAACUUUAACCUCCUGAGCCAUCCCUUCAACAAAACGUAAUCUCCCGAAAGCACCUCUUGGCUCUUGUAAAAUGCUGCAUGUUCCAGAUAUCCUUCAGGCUUGUUCUCCAGAGCCUCUUGGAAGACAUUCUGGGAUUUGCAGACCCUUGGUAUUGUUGCUCCAAGGUUACAAGUGCAUUCACCAAAUCCAGUUUUAUCCAGAAGAUUUUAGUAGCUUUGUCCCUACUUAGUGGCCCCCAGAUAUGUUGGGCACCAAAAUAGGCUGACUGGGAAUUGCAAUGCCCAGUCACCUGGAGGGUGCUAGAAAGUCCAGCUUAGGACAGACAUUGAUAUGCAACAGAUAUAUCUGAGACACUGCACUUUUAAUUCAGUCCCUCUGCACCUUUUUACCUCAUUAGAAUGGGAUAGAUGUAGAGAGAUCUAUAGAAAAUAGUGUGUGUGUGUGUGUGUGCGUGUGCGUGUGCGUGUCCGUGCGUGUUGGUGUUUGUAUGGGUGAAUUAUUUCUUUUUCUGCCUCAUUUUGGGGCAGAUUGGCAUUACCACAAUGUGCCUUAAUGUACAGCCUUGUUUAAUCUAUAGUACUCUACGGCAUUUCUUUCUCCUUAGGUUCCCCUAGGAUUCUUUAUUGGUUAAUGGCUGGAAGUUAUGCUGGAAGACAGCCUUCUCCAGUCUGGGGUCCUCUGAAAGCCUUGGGUUAGCAUUCCCAUUCCUCCUAGCUAUUGGCCAAGCUGGUUAGGUGCUCUGGAAGUUGUAGUCCACUCCUUCUAGAGAGUGCCAAGUGGGUUGAUAUUUUAGCAUGUGGUGUCAAAUGCUGUUUUGCUUUGGUGUUGCUGGCUGCAUCAACAGAACUGGAGUCCUUUGAAUGAAAUAAGUGCCUCUGUCUACUUAGCCUUAGAAUGAAAAUAAAAAUGACAGUGACAUUAUUUAGGGAAUAAACACUACUUCUCCAGGCCAAUGGACAAGACUGUUGUAUUUCACUGUGUGAUUUGUCUUAUUUUUACAACUGUUGCUUCUCCAGGACAAUUAAUGAUCCUUUACUGCAAAACCUAGUGUUGCUUUGCACCUGCACCUGCAUUUGCUUCAGUGGUGGUCCAAAGUAUAGAUUGGGGAAAACUAAAUCAGUUCCUGAAGGGGUUGUUCCUCAAACAGAGGGCAAAAAUGGGAAAAGGUCCUUUUUUCCAUGUAAAAAAGGUAUUUAACGAUCUAGGAAAGUCUUCACUGUGCCCCAUUCUUUAAAAGCACAAAGCUACAGAAAGGGAUCAAUGCAGGACUAAUAAUUUAACUUUUAUUUUAUGUUAAAAGAAAGCUUUGCAAAAUUGUUUGAAAUGAGUUGACUCAAUUUUACUUCUGACUGUGUAUGUAUGUAAGAGUUGUAUCUUUUUUUAAAAAAUGCUGUAAAUAAUCUAAAUGAGAGAAAACUAUACCAAACCUAGUUCCUACCAAUACUUCUGCCCUUUUUAUUUUUAUUUGAAAUCUAAAUGAAAUUGAGAUGUCUGAUGAUUCUUCAUCUGUUAUUAAACCUGUUUUUUUAAAUGGA